AUGUGCUAUAGGAAGAUAAACCGGUUUGGUGACCCUUAUGUUUUCUCCAAAGAAGAAAUAACUGUUAUUGAUCAACUUCAACCUGGAGAUCAUAUCGCCAUUGAACAAAACGGUGUGUAUUGGCAUCACAUGAUUGUUGAAAAGGUGGAUAAGGAACAAGGAGUAAUUCACGUUAUUCACUAUUAUAAUACUGCAGAAGAAUUUCUUCAUGAAACCAUGCCAGAUAAAGCACUGGUGCGGCAAAAUUCCUUCGUCUUUAACUCUGAAACGCAGGUAACUUAAAAGUAGACAGGCACAUACACACAUUUUAACAAAAUUGCAAUGAAACAGCUAGUCUAAAAAUCAUUUUUCAUUGGGCAAUACAUGAAACCGCGGAUAGAGUUCUAAUUUGUGUGUGGUGGAAAGAAUUUGUAGAUCUGAGAGAGAUGACACAAACACAGGUAUUGAUAACAGUUGACUACAUGUGACAUGCUGCGUGAAAUCUGUGUGGUGUUAUAAGCGUACGAGAGGGGGGCGCUGAGUGCUGCAGACCCCCCCUCCCCAAUCAUUUUUAUGUUGGGCAGAUUUUACUUAAAUAUCGGGCAAACGAAUGAUGAAAAAGAGGCGCGGCGCCACCCCCCGUCCUCCCCCCCCGUCGACAGGAAUUCUUCCCGUAUGCCCACUGUGCUUCGCGGGCUGUGCAUUGCGAACAACUGCCGAACAAGGUUUAGUGAGCAUCGUCGUGCUGUCAUCGACAACUACUUGCGUCCUGUUGCCACUUGCCAGACAACAGUGAUAAUCAUGGCUUUCUUCUUCAUUUCCAAACUUUUCACCUAUACAGGGUGUACAAAAAAAAAACUGAACAGAUUUGAAAUUGCUCUCAAUUUCGCAAAACACCUAUUUGCAUCCGGUUUUUUAUAUAUAUAGCUUCUUUGGGUACUUAUAAUGUAGAAUAAUGAAAAAAAUUUCUCAAACUCAAAUUUUGUGAACCAGGGCGGUGUGUCUUUUCCAACAAACUAAAAAUGGCUCGCGCACAAAAUUUAAAAGCUGUAAUCAUAUUUUGAGUUAAUAGAUGGAAACUUUGUCGGGGUUUUAAUUACUGUACAAAAUUUCAGACAAUUUGGUUGAGUUUAAGCCCUUUAACUAUUCAUUUUAUUUUAAAAAAUCAGCCUUUCGCAUGCUUAAUUAAUGCCUUUACCUAAUUUGCAUAUUGCUAACAUGUGCAAAUUAGGCAAAGGCAUAAUUAAGCAUGCAAAUAGCUGAUUUUUAGGAAAAAUGUAACUUUGCGUGAAUAGUUAAAGGGCUUAAACUAAACCAAAUUGCCUGAAAUUUUGUACAGUAAUUAAACUAUUAACUCAAAAUAUGAUUACAACUUUUAAAUUUUGUGCGCGAGCCAUUUUGAGUUUGUUGGAAAAGACACCCCCCCCUGGUUCACAAAAAACCGGAUACAAAUAGGUGUUUUGCGAAAUUGAGAAUUUUUUUAUACACCCUGUAUAUAGUUAGCCCUAAGCUGUAUGCCUGACCAUAUGGCCUGACACAUCUCACCCAUACAUGUUUCUUUUAUGCACAUUCUUCCCACCUAUAUUUUCAAUAUUAAAAUAUCAUGUAAUGUGAACAUUUGUACCGACUUUGUUUUGAAUAAACCCAUCUGAUUGGUUUACUUUUACAAAUCAACAAUCAUUUUGUAUUCAUCAUGCUUCUAUACCUUCCAGCCAUUAGAUACGUACGUUGGAAUUUGUUCUUAUUUUUCAUUUAUUUGCAUCAUUACGUCAACAAUUUGUCAACAAGUUGUGAGUGACAACCUUGUAGCAACUUGAUAAAAUAACAGCGUUGUUACAACUUCAUGUGUUGUGAACACAUCUUGUUGAUAAGUUGCGUGUGCAGUAAUUGUCAUAGUGGGGAUUGAGGCAAAUUAAUUUUUCGGAUACAUAAAAAACAUUGAUUAUUUUUCUUUGUAUAGGUGGCAUCGGAUUGUGUACAAAAAGGUCGUUAACAAUGCUGAAGAAGUCCUGCUCAAGGCAAGAAGGUCUCUUGAUUCGCCCGGCUACAACGCAUUUCUUAACAACUGUGAGCAUUUCUGUACUUGGUGCAAAAUCAACAAACGUGCCAGUUCACAGAUCGAAUAUCUAGAACUGUGGAUUUUGAAAUUCUUGCCCGCAUGUCAUCUACGCCUGCUUGCAGAUGUUGUCACGAUAGCAAGAAACGGUCUGCCUAAAUCUCUGGCAAAAGGUAGCGUUGUUGGCGCAUUGAAAUGUGUUGUUAAUGCAUUUGGAAUGGUAUUUGAGUUUGUCGUGAUCGCCAUAGAACUUGCUAUAUUAGGGCAGAAAUCUGAAAAUGGAGAAAUCAACGAUGAAGAAUAUUAUGAAGCCGUGACGAAAAAGCUCUGCAGUGGUUGUUUUAUGUCGGUGUUUUGUAUGAUUGGUCACAUGAUCAUCCCAAUUCCCGUUGUUGGUUGCAUUGUGGGAACUAUUGUAGGCCUUGCCAUUGGCUACGUCACAAACUGUAUUGUCUUCACUCGACCAUCACCGUGGGCACGUCUUAAAUCUGUUAUUAAACGAGUUUGGGAAUUGGCAAUAAAAUAG